AUGAGAUACGAUCUGCUGCUCGCAGCCAGCGCUGCCCUGGCUCUUGCAAGCCCUCAAGGCCACUCCAAGCGGGCCUCAUCCUUUACUUGGUUUGGCGUAAGUGAGUCCGGAGCCGAGUUUGGCCAGGCGCAUAUUCCAGGUGUUCUGGGAACGGACUACACCUGGCCAACCACUUCGACCAUUCAAACGCUACGCAAUGCGGGCAUGAACAUCUUUCGGGUGCCGUUCAUGAUGGAGCGAUUGGUUCCCAAUACAUUGACCUCGAGCCCAAAUGCGGCCUACCUACAAGGCCUGAAGAGUACGGUGGAUUUCAUCACCUCUACCGGUGCGUACGCAAUUGUUGACCCGCACAACUUCGGGCGAUACUAUGGCAACAUCAUCAACUCCACCAGUGACUUUGCUGCUUUUUGGACAACCGUGGCAACACAGUUUGCCUCGAAUGACAAGGUCAUUUUCGACACGAACAAUGAGUUCAACUCGGAGGACCAAACACUGGUGCUCAACCUCAACCAGGCGGCCAUUAACGCUAUUCGGGCUGCUGGAGCCACAUCGCAGUACAUUUUCGUGGAGGGAAAUUCGUGGAGUGGUGCCUGGACGUGGGUAUCAGUCAAUAGCAACCUGGUCAGCUUAACGGACCCCAACAACAAAAUUGUUUACGAGAUGCACCAGUAUCUUGACUCUGAUGGAUCUGGUACAUCCGAAACCUGUGUCAGCACGACCAUCGGCCAGGAGCGCGUACAGUCGGCAACACAAUGGCUGAAAGACAAUAAGAAACUUGGUUUCUUGGGCGAGUUCGCCGGUGGUGCAAAUUCGGUCUGUCAGAGCGCUCUGACUGGAAUGCUGAGCUACAUGCAGCAGAACAGUGACGUCUGGCUCGGAGCGUCCUGGUGGGCUGCAGGGCCAUGGUGGAGUACUUAUAUCUAUUCGAUGGAGCCACCCUCAGGCCCUGCCUAUACUUACUACAUGAGCAUAUUGUCUGCCUACUUCCCUUCCAGCUCGGGCGGUUCUACAACCACUUCUACAACCACUUCCACUACCGCAAAGUCUACUUCGACAACCACCACUAAGGCCACCACCACCACAGUGUCUACUGCUACUGCCACUGCCACUGCAACGGCAGCCCACUGGGGGCAGUGCGGCGGGAGCGGCUGGACGGGGCCGACGGCGUGUGCCAGCCCGUAUACCUGCCAGGCGCAGAAUGCGUGGUAUUCGCAGUGUCUGUGA